AACUGAAGCUAAAGAGAGUCAAGAUGGCUCAUUUAGAGGAAAGAAAUCACGACCACACCAUUCACGUGAGCGGGUUAGACCCAAACGUGAAUGAGGCCUUACUAUGGGAAUUGAUGGUACAGGCAGGACCAGUUGUUAGCGUUUACAUUCCUCGUGACAAGCUGACGAAGGAACAUUCUGGGUACGGCUUUGUCGAGUUUCAAUCGGAAGUAGACGUGCAAUAUGCGAUCAAGAUUAUGGAGGAAGUUCCUUUAUAUAACAAAAAACUGUAUAUUAAUCUUUCGGGUCGCGAUAAAAAGACCUUUGGCAUCGGCGCCAACCUAUAUAUUGGCCAUUUAGAUCCGUCGGUGGAUGACAAACAGUUGACCGAUACGUUUCAGGCAUUUGGCCCGCUCAUUGGACCCUCGAAGAUCGUUCGCGACGAAGUGACUGGCCAGUCAAAGGGUUACGCGUUUGUAUAUUAUGACUCAUUUGAGGCGUCCGAUGCGGCUAUCGCGGCUAUGAACAACCAGUUUUUCGGAAAUAAGAGGAUUGUGGUUACCUACGCUUUCAAGAAAGACAAACCCGGAGAGAGGCACGGAGAUGCAGCGGAAAGACUACUCGCCUCUAAAAAUCCUGUACUGAAACAUCGAAAGGAGUUACAAAAAAUUUCGCAGUCAUUUGCCAGCAAAAACUUAGCGACUGUCGCCCAUGCUCAGGGAAACGUCUACAGCCCCGCGACCAUGAACGUGGCGGAGGGCGAAAAUUCGAUGGCAAAUGCAGCCGCUGGGGGAGGCUCCGUGAAUGGCAAUAUGCCCAUGAUGAACGUGCAGGCGUUCCAACCCCCUUAUGGCGCCAACGGCUUGGUGCCGGCGCAGGUGGUGUCGCCACAGCAACAGACAUAUGUACCUAUGCAGGGAUACCCCGGUAUGAAUUCGUAUGCGACAGCGAAAUAUGGGGUACAAAAUCCAGCUGUCAUGAUGCAGUAUUCGUCGGCGUAUCCCGCGGCGGUGAACCCUCAGUAUCCGGCGUAUUCCGGGCAGGCGCAAUACCCUCCUCCGUCUUAUUGAUGGGGGGAUAGAAAAGUUCGUGCGGUCUCUUCUGAACAGGCGUUGUGCG